AUGGCUGAAGACUUACAAGGAGCCAAUUUCUCUCACACAAGGUUUAUAUUCAUGGGAUUUCCAGAGCUCUACAAGCACAGACGUCUGCUCUUCUUUCCAUUUUUUAUAACAAUCCUCUUGGCCAUGGCCUUGGAUAGGUUUAUUGCCAUUUGCAUUCCUUUGCGCUACAAUGAAAUCAUGAACUCGACAGUGUUUUUAAAACUCAGCAUUUUUACUGCGGUCAGGAGUGGAUCAAUAAUGACCAGCCUCGUUAUUCUGGCCCACUCCCUGUCUUUCUGUGGAUCCAAUAUUAUCAAGCAGUGUUACUGCGAGCACAUGGCACUGGUUUCUUUGUCCUGUGGCAGCACUAGCAGAAAUGAAACAAUGGGAUUGAUAGUGAUUAUCUGUUUUGUAGGCUGUGAUGUCUCGGUUAUUGUCUUUUCUUAUAUUAUGAUUUUGAAAGCUGUCCUAAGAACCGCAUCAGUAGAAGGGCGCUGGAAAGCGUUCCACACCUGUGGCACCCAUCUGAUAGUGAUGUUGUUUUUUUACCUCACGGGCAGCGUCACGUUUUUAGCACACAAUCUCAGAAUCGCCAUUCCAACAGAUGCACACACUUUUCUGGGGAUAAUGUACAUAGUCUUCCCUGCUGGUCUCAAUCCCAUUAUCUAUGGGGUACGAACAAAAGAGAUUCGAAACGUGAUUGUGAGAUUGUUCAGAAUGAGGCGAAAGUUGGUAGUACCAGUCAAUACCAAUAAAUUAAGAUAUCAGUGA